AUGACACCUGGCAUAAUUCAUGAACCUCAUCAAUUCCCUUCAUACAAAUUUGAAGAUUCAAAUAAGUGUAUUAUUUUAAAACUUUAUGCAAAUGGAGCAAUUGAACAAAAAGAUGUUGAUAUCAAUUGUAUAUCAGAUUGUCUAGAAGUUGCUACACCAAAUGGACAAAGUUGGAAAUUUGACUUAUAUGCACACAUCUAUUCCGAACAGACGGAAGUAACAGCUAAAAUAAAUGAAAAUAGAACACAAACUAUAAUUGAACUUCGUUUAUUUAAACAAGAAAGAGACAUACCAUGGCCACAACUUCAUAGUCGUCAAUCAAUUCCAACAAUAAUCGAAGGAUCUGAUUCAAAUAUAGAUAUGAAAGAAGACGAAAUACAUUCCUCUAUUGAAGAAGAACCACCUUAUGAUUUAUCAAUAAAAAAAAUACCAUCUAGUUUUCAAGAAACAUAUGAUAAUAGAGUUAUAGUACACUUUUCGAUAAGAGACGUAUAUAAUUGUCAUGUACAAUUUACGGAAACAAAUUUUACCGUUACCUUUCAUACAAAAGAUGAGAAUUUUCAUCAACUUCAUUCUAUAUCACCCACGGUGCCAAUUAAAUUAGUUGUUCGUGUUAAAGGACGUAUUAAUUCUGAACAAUGUCAUUAUAAAAUUACACCGGUGCAUAUUGAAAUUUAUCUUAUUAAAGAUAGUGAACAUCAAACAAAAUGGUAUCAACUUGAACCAAAUGAAUAUUCCGAUAUCAAUAAUUCACAUGCAACAUCAUCAGCAGUAUUGGGUCAUCCACGAUCAGAAACAGAUGAAGGUGGAUAUAAUAGAAUAACCCGAGUUACUGGUAAACUACCAGCCUUAACGAUGGAUCGAGUGUCAGAUAAUUUUCCUACUGGAUCAUCAUUUUAUCAAAAAGAUAUAACACAAUCACCAAGUGUAACAUCAUCCAUCGGUUAUACUGGAAUAUAUAAUCCGGCGAAUUCAUGUUUUAUGAAUGCUGCUCUACAGUGUUUAUCAAAUACACGUGAAUUACGAGAUUAUUUCUUAAAAUCAUAUUAUUGUGUUGAACUAAAUCGAACAAAUCCACUUGGUAUGAAAGGUAUAAUGGCAGAAGAAUUUGCUACUGUUAUAAAAAAUCUUUGGAGUGGAACAUAUAAUCAUAUCAAUGCAAAUCGAUUGAGAGAUUAUGUAGCUAAAAGACAUCAAGAAUUUGUUGGUAAUGGACAACAUGAUGCACAAGAAUUAUUAACAAUUUUAUUAGAUGCUAUUCAUGAGGAUCUUAAUCGAGUUCAGAGUAAACCUCAAGUACCACCUAUUGAAGAUGAAAAUCGUCCUGAUUAUGUUCUUGCUGAUGAAUAUUGGCGUGGUUAUUUAUCUCGUAAUGAUUCAUUAAUUGUAGAAUUAUUUACUGGACAAUUUAAAUCGAAAACAAAAUGCCCACAAUGUCUUAAAGAAUCAGUUACAUUUGAUCCAUUUACAUCACUUUCUGUACCGUUACCAAAACGUAUAGCUGUUGAUACAAUUGUAAUAUUCCGAAAUGAUGAAAAAUCACCAACUAAGUAUCGUACUAUUAUGUCAGCAGAUGGAUCAAUGACAGAAUUUAAACGUCUUUUAUCUGAUAAAUGUGGUUUAUCAACUGCUAAAAUGUUAGCAUAUAAACUUCAAGGAAAUCGUAAUAUAGAAUAUCUUAAAGAUGACGAUCGAAUUACAAGUAGUACUUGUUCAUGGAAUACUUUUGAUAUUAUUUAUAUAGCUGAAGUAUUAACAAGUGCUGACUGUGAUAAUGAAACAAUUCAUACAUUAACUUUUUUUCAACGUAUUUUUAAAAUACCUGAUUAUAUAUCAUCAUGUGCUUAUUGCCAAGCAUUACCAAAUCCACAUAGUACACCAAAGUUUUGUAAAAACUGUUAUCAAGUAUCAUAUUGUGACGAACAAUGUUUAGAUUUUCAUAAAUCUGAUCAUCGAAAUAUGUGUGAAUAUCGUUCAAAAGAUAAUUCUGAAAAUAUUGGUAAUCCAUUUAUUAUUUCAUUACCAGAAUCAAAAUUAACAUAUGAAAAUGUAUUUGAACAAAUUAAUAUUCACGCUAAGCGAUAUGUAGAUAUUCAUAUAGAUCGUUCAAAACGAACUCAACAAUCAUUUGGAUAUAAUCGAGGUUUUGAUGGUUAUGAUAGAGUUACCGAUGAUGAUGAUGAGGAAGACAGCUUUAGUGAUAUUGAAAAUGUUGAUUGGAUAACGAUAAAAAAGACACUUUCAUCAUCUGAUUCUUGGUCAAUAUGUCGUAUUGGUGAUUAUUUAGUAAAGACAAAUAAAAAUAAACGACGUCAUAAUCAAGAAAAAGAUCGAAAAGAUAAAAUACUCAAAAAUAUAUCUACAAAUGAAAAUAAUGAUGAAGAACCAAUGAUUGUCAAUGGUGAUAGUGAGAGUAUUGGUAGUAGUGAAGAUUUUGAUAUGUUAGAUGAUAUAUAUGGUAGUCAACCAUUAUUUCGAAUCAUGCCUCGACCAAUUGAUAAUCAAAAUAAUAACGUAGAACCAAUUGUUGAACCUGGUGACGAUGCUAAUAAUGUUUUACGUGGUCAUACAACAUUUUCAAUUGAUUGGUAUACUGAUAAUAAAAUAGAUGCACCAUUACGUGUUACACCAUCAAUACAUCGUAUGGGAAUUAAUGAUCUCAUUGAAGAUGCUAGUGUUUUUAAUUCUCUUAGUGGAGAUCAAGAGAUUACACUUCAACAAUGUUUACAAUUAUUUAUUGAACCAGAAGUAUUAGGUGCUGAUGAUAAAUGGUAUUGUCCUCAUUGUAAAGAGCAUAUUCAAGCUGAAAAGAAAAUGUCUGUUUGGCGUUUACCACCUAUACUUAUUAUACAUCUUAAACGAUUCAAAUAUAAUCAUUGUUCAUCAUCACUUGGUGGUUAUAUGUCUAGUUCACGAGAAAAACUUGAUACAACUGUUAAAUAUCCAGUUCAUAACCUUAAUAUGGGUCCAUAUUGUUCAUCAAUACCAGAAGAAAAUCCCGAAUCUAAUGAUUUAUCACAAUCUCGUUAUGAUCUUUAUGGAAUUGUUAAUCAUCGUGGUAGUGCAUGGUUUGGACAUUAUACAUCCUACGCAAGACUUUUAGCGAAUAAUGAUUCAGCAAAAACAGAGAUUGGUUGGCGUAAUUUUGAUGAUGAACGUGUUUCAUCACUUACAAAUGUUAAAGAUCUCGUACGAUCUGAUGCUUAUGUUCUUUUUUAUCGUCAUCGUAGUUUAUCAGUUGAUUUCAGUGUACAAGAACAAAUCCAACGUGCAUUAGCAGAAUCAUCAAAUAUGUAUGAAUGA